AUGUUUGGGCCUUUUAAAACCAAUAUGCCUAUAUUUUCAGGAUUACUUUGGAAAAUGCCAUGGAGACUUUCAAAAACACGUAAAUUAAGACAAAGAAGAAGGCUACGUAAAGUAGACUUGGUUAUAUCUACUCUUCAAAACUCUCUUGCAAAAAAGGGUUUAACAUGUCAUGCACUAGAACGACAUAUACGUGAAAUUAUACCAGAGGCAAAAAUGUUACCUAAAGAUAAAUAUACAGUGUUUGAUAAAAAAAAAAAAGAAUUUAGAAAAGGUAUUCAUUUUGUACCCAAAUUUACAAAGGUAACUAUAAUGAAUAGAAUGUUUCCUCCAGGAUUCUAA